AUGGUGAGAGCCUGCGCGAAAGACAACACUUCCUUUUGUGACUGGCGGUGAACGAGUGCGCAGUGCCAUGAAGGCCUCGGGCACGCUUCGGGAGUACAAGGUGGUGGGGCGCUGCUUGCCAACCCCAAAAUGCCACACACCACCACUGUACCGUAUGCGAAUCUUUGCACCCAACCAUGUGGUGGCCAAGUCCCGCUUCUGGUACUUUGUGUCACAGCUGAAGAAGAUGAAGAAGUCAUCCGGGGAAAUUGUGUACUGCGGACAGGUGUUUGAGAAGUCACCCCUGCGUGUGAAGAACUUUGGCAUCUGGCUGCGCUAUGACUCCCGCAGUGGCACACACAACAUGUAUCGGGAGUACAGGGACCUGACCACUGCUGGUGCAGUCACACAGUGCUACCGAGACAUGGGUGCCCGACACCGUGCCCGUGCCCACUCCAUCCAGAUCAUGAAGGUGGAAGAGAUUGCAGCUGGCAAGUGCCGCCGGCCAGCUGUCAAGCAGUUCCACGACUCCAAGAUCAAAUUCCCACUGCCCCACCGUGUGUUGCGGCGCCAGCACAAGCCACGCUUCACCACCAAGAGGCCCAACACCUUCUUCUAGACACAGAGACCCACUGAAUAAAAACUUGAGACUGUCCUUGCUUGUUUGCUUCUAUGUCCCUGGAGAGGUCCCAGUUGGUCCCGUCCCUAACAACAUGCUAGCCCUGCUCACCUGCCUGUCAGCCUUGCUCAGUGGCAUCUUUCCAUAGGUGUGUAUCCCCUUAGAUUAGCUUCAGCCCCACUACGAUUUGUCUAGGACAUAGCCUGAGCCCUGCCUGUGACACUGAGGGGUAGCAGUCUGUUUCUGGACUCCAGGGUGCUGCUGUCUCAGGCCUAAGAAUUCCAGACAUGACUAUAAUCCAAGCCUGGGGACCUGGUUGAGCUUUUUAUCCUGCUGGCUCUAAGCUUCAGCUAGGUGGAAAUGAGGCCAGCCAAGCCCCACAGUGAGCUUGCAAGCUUUAGAUGGGGACAGGGUUACGCUUUGGUGAAUGAUGGAGGAAACAUGGGGGUUCCUUUUGUUGGGUGCAGCCAGCACGGCAUCAUCAUGGUGCCCAAUCUUGAAAGGGCACAGGCCUGAAGCUUCCUGGGACUGUUCUGUCACAGGGAGGAACCUACUGCAGUUGCCUACAAUUGCUACCUCUGAGGGACUUGCCUCUGGCCCCUUGUAGACAUUUCCAUGUCUACACAUGGCCCAGAGUACUUUCAGGGAUAGCAAUGUGUGAAUGGCACUUAGAAGAUAACAUGUGAAAGCCAU